AGUGUAGAUAUUAAAGGUGUAAUUUUUAUAUUUGUCAUUUCAUAUCUAUGCUUAUUGUGCUUAAGCUGAAACUGUUGCAAUUCAAUCUUUUCCUCAGUUUUUUAUUGAAGUCUUCCAGAUUGAGUUACCAUCACUUUGGCAAGAAAGGUGGAAAGAAACCUUGAAGGACUUGUUCACUAAGUGUGUACAGAAGAUGGAGCCAAAACAAAAGAUGGAAUACUUCUGUAGGUACACUGAGACCAACUUUACAGUUGAAGAAUGCCUAAUGAAAUGUGCUCUAGAGACUGUCAAGAACAAAGUUGGACAUCUUGACAUGAUCAUGAAAAGCAAGAAGUAUCCACAGUUCAUAUCCACUCUCAUCAGGGACAUCUGGAAAGACUUAAAAGAUGAAGCCAAAGACUUGGAAUACCUUAUCACAAACCCACAUUCUUUAGAACUUCUCAGGGUUCUUGGUACACUUCAAAGGGAAAAGCCCAGCUACAGGGAUGAACUCACAGCACAAGCCAAGAUGUUGUUAACAAAUAUACAAAAUCUGUUGUCAAAAUUACAUCAGAAUCUAUAUGAACUACCAUCCAAAUUGACACUGGAUCUUUUGAAAAAUGAGCAUUUAACUGACAUCCUCCAAUUACAUUUAGAGGACAAAACUGUCUUAAGACCUCUCUUGGAAAAAUUAAGAAAUGACGUCGAGAAAUUUGAACAUAUACAGGAACAAAGUAAAGCACUGCUCCAACUGCUUGAACUUACUCAAGAGACAUCUGCAGUCAUCACACAGCAAAUAAGAGAGAACAUAUCACACAUAAUUUUUUUGUCUAAUGAGAGUCGUUCACUGAAUCAACUUGACCAACUCUGGAAGGGUAUUGAUAUCAUGAUGUACGAAAACAUCAAAACUGCUUCCAAGAGUAGAUUUUUCAAAAAACACUGGAAGUCAGCAAGUGAAAAAGACAGGCAGUCUCAUAAUGUUGUGGCCAUGUCUUUAUGUGAUCUACAUGAAAGAGUAUUCAAGCCUGCAUUAGCAGAUUUCAUCAAGUCCUGUGAGGAGAUUAAAGAUCUGUCUAUGCAUGUGGAUGAGUUUGAAACUGUUCUUGCCGACUGCCAUGAGAACCAGAUUGAAGAAGAGCUGAGAGUGAUGCAAGAAUAUCUGAGUGACAAGACCGAAAGUAAAUGGAUUAAGGAUGUCUGUGACUGUAUUAAACGUUACAGGGAGCUGUGUAGUGUGGUAAAACAGGCACAGGGAAUAUACUCUUUAAAAGAAGAACUCAGCCUUAAAGGAGAUUUUCAUGUUCUUUGUGAUAUCCAACAGAAAGAUGUUCUGAAAACCAAAUGUCUGAAGGAUUUCACUGAAGAGAUGGGGCUAAUUGGCCAAACACUGAGAGACAUCGAUGACCGUGUUCUUUGCCUGAUAGAAGAAUUUAAAGAUUGUGCAAGAAAAAAUUUCAUCAAGUGGAUCAAAUCUAUUUUAAAAGACCAAAGAGAGCUCAAUGUCUUUGUAGAACUUGCCUCAGCAUUUGCUGGUGAAAAUCCAAUGGACCUUGACAAAGUAAGAUACUUCAGGGAUGCUGUUUUUGCAUGCACUCCUUUAAUUUUUGAGCUUGAAGAAGGAGCUGAUUUUGACAACCUAAUGGAUAAAAUCCAAAAGCUCAAGGAACCAGUCCAGAAUGACUGUGAUCUUCAACAAAAACUGAAAGAUUCGUGCACGCACAAGGAAUGGCUGGAGACAGCUUAUACUGCUCAUGGAUCAGUUGCAAAAUCAUCUUUCCUACAGGCUGAUGAAAUCAACAAGUGUGGAGUCUAUUAUAUCAGGCAACCAUCCUCACAAAGCCUUAUGAAAAUGGAAGACUGCAUAUAUCUAGAAAUAAAAGAGAAGACAUUCAGACUCUCUCAACUUCAAGAUCUUCAAAACAAACUCAUGCUGAUCUCUGCAACUGAUCGAAAAGGACGCAACAAAACAGUUUCUCAAUUUGUGGAAGUUUUGGAGCAGGUACUCCAUGCUGGACAGUUGCUGAUUAAGCUCAGAGAAGCAGGCCACAUUCUGUUUGCAAAUUGGUCUCUUACUGGCUUUUGUGAAGGGAGUCGCCGAGUGUCUGUGCAUGUUGACUUUGGUAUCGCUGGAUUGAUGAUCAGUGGAAAUCAAAGCCUACUGGUAGAGUUAAAGGGCAUUUGUAAAAGUAUGCAGGACUGUUUGGAGAAGUGGGUAAACUACACCACACAACACAGAGAUGAAUAUUACUAUCUGAAUUAUUUCACUGCCAAACAGCUUUCAAGACUGUGUUGUUGUAUGGCUGACAUGCAGAAGAGUGAACAGGUCUCUUCUAGUAUACUCAAUAUGUUGUCUUUCAUAAAAGACAACGUAACCACGACUGAUUUGCUGAAUGCCUUUAAAGCAGCACUCCAAAGCCCAGUUCAGAAUAGAGACAGCUUGGAUCUGCAGUCACCUCAGGUUAAGGAUUACCUAGUUCAUUUUCCAGAACUUAUUGAAUAUGCUGUGGACGCUGGGUACUCAGAGGCAUCUGCUAAAGCAGCAGUGAUGUUCUGCAAAAGUUCUGGCGCUGGAUCAGAAAAUUCAGAUGUAGACGAAGAUGCAGUGAUGGACUGUGUUUAUGAAAACAGCAAUGAUGAUGCAUGGGUUGAGGAAUGGAGUGUGAAAUAUGACGAGGAACGAGAAAGUGUUCUUCAGAGUCAGAUGAAAUUUACCGGUGGUCAUGUACCAGAACAGAUGAAACCUGCCUUUGCAAUGUCAGCAGAAGAAAUGAAGAAGAUGUUUGAAAACCUCACUUCCUGCCAAGAGAAGAUGAUAAUACUAUGGGAGACCUACUGUGGGAAAUUAUCAGGACUAGUUUCAGACAAAUAUGUGGGUCUGGAUCUUUUGGGGGAAACUCUGAAUCAGUUGGCAAAAAACGAAGUCCCAGUACAGAGGAAACUGCCACGCUUCCUGGAGAGAGGGAAACCCAACCUUGUCUCUUGUAAUGCCACUGAAAUGCUGCCUCAGUGUCUCUCUUUGUACCUUAAUAAAGAACAGCCUCUUCCAACUUAUGAUGAGAUUUUGAUUUGCACUCCUGAAACAACAGCAGAAGAGGUGGAGCUGGUCAUUAGAAGAGCUGUACAGCCUGGAAGCACACAUGAGAAGAUAUAUUCUCUCCUAAAUGCUGAAAACCUGAAGCCUGAAGUAACUAGAGUUCUAGAAUCCAAUUUUUGCCGCCUAUCACAGAGUCAGAAUGUAACAGAGGCGAAAGAAUACAAUUUUGUAAUAUUCUGCAAUGCCAAGGCACAUCACAGCUAUGUUCUAACUGCUUUUGAUGAAUACAGAAAAACUCUGCUGGCCAAAGAUUACAAGGAAAUUCAUCAGCUCUUGAAAAUGAAGCACAAGCUCUCCAUUCAAGCUGCAUUCCCAGCCACCAUCAUCCAAGAAGAAUUCCGUCAGAGUAUAAAGAUGAUCACUUCUGCUAGAGCAGGCAUGGGAAAAACACUUUUUGUGAAAAAUCUAAUCACAAGAUCAAAGGAGAAGCUUACCAGCCAAGGAUUUACCCACAAAACCAUCAGCAUUACUGAUAGUGAGAUAAAGCCAGGAUUCAUUUAUGACAAACUGAAGGAGUACGAAGACAAGCCAAAUGACAACAUCCCCAGGAUUUUCCAUUUUGAUGUACCACCUGUGGUAUGCAAAGGGCUGUACACAUUCCUAGUUCAGCUCUUUGUGCUAAGAUGUUUCCAAAGCUUGGACGGUUUCAUUUGGAAAUGCAAAGACACCCAUAUUUACUUGGUCGAGUACACAGAGAGAAAACUCAGACAGUGUGACAGAGAAAAUUCUGAGAUUUCCACAGACCUAGAAGACAGUCUGUUACAAAUGUUCACAACUGUCAGAUGCUUUUCCCCUGAGGAAACUCUGAAACAUUUACAAGUGGACCUCAACAACAGUGAUAAACCUUGUGAAUUUCAGUUAAUGGAUGACUCAAAGUUCACAAGUGAGGAAUUUCAGAGGACCUACCAAUACCUCAAACAUUUUCAAGAAAACAAUCUUGAGGAGCUCACAUUUGACAGACAAAAAAGCAUUGAUUCUCCAGAGGAAUGGUUGGAAUGCAUUUUCCGUUACUGUAAAAUCCGUAACCCAUCAUGGGCAGAACUUUGCAACUACACACAUUUUCUUAACAUGCAGCUGAAACGAUGUGAAGAAUCGGUGUUCUGCAGUAAUAUUUUGCGCAAUGACUUAACUGGCUUCAGACACUUUGUUGUGAAAUUUAUGAUUACCAUGUCCAGAGACUUUACCAUGCCGUCACUGGUGACUUCUGAUGAAAGCUGUGAGAGAAAAAAUGAUAUUGAGAGAGAAGAAGAAGCAAAUGAUGUUUUGAGCGAAUUUCAGAUGAGAAAACACUGGGAACAAGAGGCACACCCUUAUAUCAUGUUCAAUUCUGAUAAUGUGUCCAUGACUUUCUUGGGGUUCCACAUUAAAUAUCGGAAUGCCAUUGAUGUCAGAACUGGCAAAAUAAUUGAGCGUGAUGUUAUAACCUCAUUGCUCUUUCGCCAGUUAAUAGAACAAAGGGUGCCAAUGAAUGUCGACUUCAAAACACUUAAUCGUUGCGAACAACUUGAAAUUUUGUGCAGAGUGCUGGGAGUCGAGCAGAAAGACCCGGACAGCACAUAUGAGCUGACUUUAGACAAUGUGCUGAAAAUCCUUGCCAUUCACCUAAGAUUUCAGUGUAACAUACCUGUGGUGAUAAUGGGUGAAACUGGAUGUGGAAAGACACGACUUGUGAAGUUUAUGUGUGAUCUACUGAAGAGAGAUGAUGACAAAACAAAUCUGAUGGUGGUUAGAGUUCAUGGGGGCACAACAUCUCACAUGAUCUACCAGAAGGUCAAGCAAGCAAUUGACAUAUCCAAAAUAAACAGUGAUCUUGGCAUGUAUACCGUUCUCUUCUUUGAUGAGGCAAAUACAACAGAGGCUUUGUAUGCUAUCAAAGAGGUGAUGUGCGACAGGGCAGUCAAUGGAGGACAAAUUGAUGCUCCAGACCUUAAAUUUGUUGCUGCCUGUAAUCCCUACAAGAAGCACACAAAGAGUGCAAUAAAGCAGCUUGAGAAAGCGGGGUUAGGAUACAGCGUUCGUGCUGAAGAUGCAUCUGAAAAAUUUGGACGGAUUCCAAUGCGGCAGCUUGUCUACAGAGUACAGCCAUUACCACCAAGCCUUUCAGCUCUUGUAUGGGACUUUGGAAAGCUAAAUGAAGGUGCUCAAAACCUUUACAUCACCAAGAUGGUUGAAACAUUCUUCAAAACACAAAAUCUUAAUGAACAACACCAGUUGUUGUUUACAGACGUGAUCAGUACAUCUCAGACAUACAUGGCAGCUGAGAGUAAUGAGUGCAGAAUGGUAAGCCUCAGAGACAUUGAACGAUGUCUGAAAACAGUCAUGUGGUUUUAUCAUCAGAAAGAGACACUGUUUCCUCUUGUUGAUCAGAAGAAAAUGACUAAUGGUUCAAUUCAGAGAAGAAGCAUUGAUGACUUAAUUCGAUCACUGAUCCUUGCCAUUGGAGUUUGCUACAGUGCUUCCCUUGAACAACGCAUGAAAUACAUAGAAAAGGUUGCUAAAGCUCUUUCCCUGUCUGCCGUUGAAAUAUGUGAUGAAAUAGACUUUUGUCAAGAAGUCUUUGUUGACAAUGUGGACAUUCCACCUGCAACAGCAAGAAAUGAUGCCCUAAAGGAGAAUGUAUUCAUGAUGAUUGUCUGCAUGAAUUUACGACUGCCUCUCUUUCUUGUGGGAAAACCUGGAAGUUCUAAGUCAUUGUCCAAAACUGUGGCUGCAGAUGCUCUACAAGGGAAGUCUUCACGUAGUGAGCUCUUUAAAAGCUACAAACAAGCACAGCUUCUGUCAUUUCAGUGUAGUGCUCAUUCAACAUCUGAAGGUAUAAUUUCCACUUUCAAGCAAUGUGCGCAGCUUCAGUUGAACAAAAAUUUGGAUGAAUAUGUCUCAGUGGUAGUACUGGAUGAAAUAGGGCUAGCAGAAGACUCACCCAAGAUGCCCCUGAAAACACUGCAUCCUCUUCUUGAAUGUGGCUGUAUUGAUGAUGAAGAGCCUGAGGAGUUUAAGAAAGUUGGUUUUAUUGGACUGUCCAACUGGUCACUGGAUCCUGCUAAAAUGAACCGUGGCAUUCUUCUGCUUCGUGCUUCACCAGCAGAAAAAGAACUUGAAAAAACUGCUAAAGAAAUAUGUUCUGUUGCUGAGACAUUCAAUACAAAAAUCGAAGAAAACAUUCACAAACUCACCCAGGUAUACUCAGAAGUACUUCACAAACAGAACCAGGGCAGUGAGUUUUACGGACUCAGGGACUACUACAAUUUAUUCAAAGUGAUUGCUACCUAUGCUCAACGUUCUGAACCCUCCACUGAUGAUCUGGCAAGAGCUGUCCAAAGAAACUUCGGCGUCUUGGAUUCAGUCAACAGCCUUGAAAUAUUUUCUAAAGAGUUCAAGGUUAAGGUCAAACCAGCCAGAACAAUUGACCUGGUGAGGGAGAAUUUGGAAACAGAGAAGAGCACUGGUCUUGAAUCACGUUAUCUUCUGCUUCUGUCGAGUAACAACGCUGCACUUUCCAUUCUGCUGAGGUUGGGAAUCAUCGCUGAUGAUAGCACAGAGGUCAUCUUUGGCUCAGGAUUCCCUCUUGACCAAGAGUAUUCUCAGGUCUGUCGCACAGUGAACAGAGUAAAGACUUGCAUGGAGACUGGAAGGUCAGUCGUGUUGCUAAACAUACAGAGUCUCUAUGAGAGCCUCUAUGAUGCCUUGAAUCAGUGUUACGUCAAAUUAGGUGGGAGUGUUUAUGUGGACCUGGGGCUUGGUGCCCAUCGCGUGAAGUGCAAAGUCAAUGAGGGUUUUCGACUUAUUGUCAUUGAGGAGAAAAAUGUUGUGUAUGCGCAGUUUCCAGCACCUCUCCUCAGCAGACUUGAGAAGCACUGCUUGGAAUUUAACACAAUUCUUCCAGAACAUGCAGAGCAGCUGCGGACUGAAUUAGAAAAGCAGACUGAAGAGAUUUUUUCAGGCAACACACAAGAGAAGUGUGACGCCCUCAUUGGAUUCACACAGGAUUCAUGUGCGUCAGUGUUGUUGCAGUGUUGCCCUGAAAUUCUUUUGGAGGACUGGGAUGCAAACCGGAAUGAUGACGUUCUCAACCAGUGCAGAGAGAAGUUGGUGCAAUGUGCAACACUAGACUCGGUAAUACGAGUGAGAAGGAAUACAGAGAUUCAGAACAUUUAUUUCAACCAACAGACUCACACCAAUCUGAUGGAUGUAAUAAAGAAGUACAGGAGUAACAAUGACAAAAGGAUGUGCCUUGAGGUGUCUACAUAUUCUCUGCUUCUGAAUCAGAGAAAUUUAAAAUUCAUAAAUGAAGAAUUAAACAUCUCCAAAGAGCAAUCCCACCUUCUUCAGAUUCGAGAAUUCCUAACAGAGCAGGCAUUUUGUGAAGCAGUGAGGUAAAGCUUUAUUUUAUUUUACCCUUUGUGAAAUCCAUAAUUUGUGAAGGUGUUUACUGGAUUGCUUGAAA